AGGGCACUCGUUCCAGCCUACACAUGAGCCUUGGCAAAGUGUCCUUGCUUUUCCUAUAGCACCCUGGGAAGUCCUGGUUCCCUCCCUCGGUUCCUUCCCACUCCUCCCUGAGCCAAGCCGCGAUGCCUGGUGGAUACAAAGGUGAAUGUGGGGACGAUGUGGACCCGAUGCCCUUCCUGGCACCUCCCGAAAAGGAGAGGAUAGAAGCCAUGAACAAGCCCUAUGACAUCAAGAGGUCCUGCUGGGUCAAAGACGAGAAGGAGGGCUUCAUCGCUGGGGAGAUCCAGUCUGAACAGGGUGACCAGGUCACCGUGAAGACUGUCAACAACCAGACUGUCACUGUGAAGAAGGAUGAUGUCCAGCAGAUGAACCCGCCCAAAUUCUACCAAGCCAACGACAUGGCGGACAUGACUUUCUUGAAUGAGGCCAGCGUCCUGAACAACCUGCGCCAACGCUACACCAACAUGAGGAUCUAUACCUACUCAGGCUUGUUCUGUGUGACAGUCAACCCCUACAAGUGGCUGCCCAUCUACGGGGCCCGCGUGGCCAACAUGUACAAAGGCAAAAAGCGCACAGAGAUGCCACCCCACCUCUUCUCCAUCUCUGACAAUGCGUACCAUGACAUGCUCAUGAAUCGUGAAAAUCAGUCUAUGCUAAUCACUGGAGAAUCCGGUGCUGGCAAGACUGAGAACACGAAGAAGGUCAUCCAGUACUUUGCCAAUGUCGGGGGAACUGGCAAACAGUCCUCGGAUGGAAAGGGGUCCCUGGAGGAUCAAAUCAUCCAGGCAAACCCUGUACUGGAGGCUUUUGGGAACGCCAAGACCAUCAGAAACAACAACUCUUCUCGCUUUGGCAAGUUCAUCCGAAUCCACUUCGGAACUACAGGCAAACUGGCUGGAGCGGACAUCGAGAGCUAUCUCUUAGAGAAAUCUCGUGUCAUCUCCCAGCAAGCAGCUGAGAGGGGCUACCACAUCUUCUACCAGAUUCUCUCUAACAAGAAGCCUGAACUUAUUGAGACUUUGCUGCUGGUCCCCAACCCUAAGCAGUACCACUGGGUGAGCCAGGGCGUCACAGUGGUGGAGAACAUGGACGACGGGGAAGAGCUGCAGAUCACAGACGUUGCCUUUGACGUGCUGGGCUUCAGCGCCGACGAAAAGAUUGGCAUUUAUAAGCUGACCGGGGGCAUCUUGCAUUUUGGCAACAUGAAGUUCAAGCAGAAGCCCAGAGAGGAGCAGGCUGAAGUGGACACCACGGAGGUGGCUGACAAAGUUGCCCAUCUCAUGGGUCUCAAUUCCGGGGAGCUCCAGAAGGGCAUCACCAGGCCCCGGGUCAAAGUAGGCAAUGAGUUUGUGCAGAAGGGCCAGAAUAUGGAACAGUGCCACAACUCCAUCGGGGCUCUGGGCAAGGCCGUCUAUGACAAGAUGUUCAAGUGGCUGGUGGUCAGGAUCAACAAGACCUUGGACACCAAGAUGCAGAGGCAAUUCUUCAUCGGCGUGCUGGACAUUGCUGGCUUUGAGAUCUUUGAGUUCAACAGCUUUGAGCAGCUGUGCAUCAACUUCACCAACGAGAAGCUGCAACAGUUUUUCAACCACCACAUGUUCGUGCUGGAGCAGGAGGAGUACAAGAGGGAGGGCAUCGAGUGGGUCUUCAUCGACUUUGGCCUUGACCUGCAGGCCUGCAUUGACCUCCUGGAAAAGCCCAUGGGCAUCUUCUCCAUCUUGGAGGAACAGUGUGUCUUCCCCAAGGCCACCGACGCCACCUUCAAGGCGGCCCUGUAUGACAACCACCUGGGAAAGUCCAGCAACUUCCUCAAGCCCAAGGGAGGCAAAGGCAAGGGGCCCGAGGCCCACUUCGAGCUCGUCCACUAUGCAGGCACCGUGGGUUACAACAUCACAGGAUGGCUGGAGAAGAACAAAGACCCCCUGAAUGAAACAGUGGUGGGCUUGUUCCAGAAAUCAUCCUUGGUGCUACUGGCCCUUCUCUUCAAAGAAGAGGAGGCUCCAGCUGGAAGCAAGAAGCAGAAGAGGGGGUCUUCCUUCAUGACAGUCUCCAACUUCUACAGGGAGCAGUUGAAUAAGCUGAUGGCCACCCUCCACAGCACGGCUCCCCAUUUUGUCCGCUGCAUUGUCCCCAACGAGUUCAAGCAAUCAGGCGUGGUGGACGCCCACCUGAUCAUGCACCAGCUGGCUUGCAACGGAGUCCUGGAAGGCAUCCGUAUUUGCAGGAAGGGCUUCCCAAACAGGAUGCUGUACCCAGAGUUCAAACAGAGGUACCAAGUGCUGAACCCCAAUGUGAUUCCUCAGGGGUUUGUAGACAACAAGAAGGCCUCAGAGCUGCUGCUCGGGUCCAUUGACCUGGAUGUGAAUGAAUACAAAAUUGGGCAUACCAAGGUAUUCUUCCGAGCGGGCAUCCUGGCUAAGCUUGAGGACAUGCGGGACGAGCGUCUGGCCAAGAUCAUGACGAUGCUGCAGUGUCGCCUGCGAGGCUUCCUCAUGAGGAUCGAGUUCAAGAAGAUGCUGGAGCGAAGAAUUGGCCUGAAAGUCAUCCAGCGGAACACACGCAAGUUCCUGGAGCUGCGUUUCUGGGGCUGGUGGAAGCUAUACAACAAGGUCAAGCCGCUCCUGAAUGUGGCUCGGCAAGAGGAGGAGAUGAAGGCCAAGGAGGAGGAGCUGAGGAACGCCAUGUGCAAGACACAGGAGCUGAUAAGCAGGGUAAAGGAGCUGGAGGAGAAGAUGGCCACGCUCAGCCAGGAGAAGAAUGACCUCACCAUCCAGCUACAGGCCGAGCAAGAGAACCUGAUAGAUGCCGAGGAGCGCCUGACCCAGAUGAUGAAGACGAAAAUGGAGCUGGAGAGCCAGAUCUCAGACAUGCGGGAACGGCUGGAGGAGGAGGAGGGCACGGCGGCCUCCCUGAGCGCCACCAAGCGCAAGCUGGAGAGCGAGAUGAGUGACCUGAAGCGGGACCUGGAGGGUCUGGAGACCACACUGGCCAAGAUGGAGAAGGAGAAGCAGGCCCUGGAUCACAAGGUCCGCACCCUAACCGGGGACCUCUCGCUCCGUGAAGACUCCAUCGCCAAGCUCCAGAAGGAGAAGAGGGCCCUGGAGGAGCUGCACCAGAAAACCCUAGACGACCUGCAAGCUGAGGAGGACAAGGUGAACCACCUGACCAAGACCAACAGCAAGCUCAGCACCCAGAUCCAUGAGCUGGAGGAUAACUGGGAACAAGAAAAGAAAAUCCGGGCGGAGGUGGAGAAGGCCCGUCGGAAGGCUGAGAGUGACCUGAAGAUAACCAUUGACAACCUCAACGAGAUGGAGCGGUCCAAGCUGGACCUCGAGGAAGUGGUGAAAAAGAGGGAUAUGGAAAUCAAUUCUGUCAACUCCAAGUACGAGGAUGAGCAGUCUCUGAAUUCCACACUCCAGCGGAAACUGAAGGAGCAUCAGGCCCGAAUUGAGGAGCUGGAGGAAGAACUGGAAGCUGAGAGGGCAAUGAGAGCCAAGGUGGAGAAACAACGCAGCGACCUGUCCCGGGAUCUUGAAGACCUCAGUGACAGGCUGGAAGAGGCUGGGGGAGCCACGUCUGCUCAGAUUGAGCAGAACCGCAAGCGGGAGGCAGAGCUGCUAAAGCUGAGGCGGGAGCUGGAGGAGGCGGCCCUGCAGAGUGAGGCAGCGGCCUCCACACUGCGCAAGAAGCACACGGACUCCAUGGCUGAGCUGACGGAGCACGUGGAGAACCUACAGAGGGUCAAGGCCAAGCUGGAGAAGGACAAGCAAGUCAUGAAGGCUGAGAUCGACGACCUCAACGCCAGCAUGGAGACGGUGCAGAAGUCCAAGAUGAAUGCCGAGGCCCACAUCCGAAAGCUGGAAGACAGUUUAGCAGAAGCCAACGCCAAGGUGGCUGAGCUGGAGCGAAACCAGGCAGAAAUCAAUGCCAUCAGGACCCGCCUGCAAGCUGAAAAUGGUGAACUGAGCCGGGAGUAUGAAGAAUCACAGAGCCGGCUCAAUCAAAUCCUGCGGAUAAAGACAUCACUGACAUCGCAGGUGGACGAUUACAAGAGGCAGCUGGAUGAAGAAUCCAAGUCUCGCAGCACGGCCAUGGUGAGUCUUGCCAACACGAAGCAUGACCUGGACCUGGUGAAGGAGCAGCUGGAGGAGGAGCAGGGAGGCAAGUCAGAGCUGCAGCGCCUCGUGUCCAAGCUCAACACUGAGGUGACCACCUGGAGGACCAAGUAUGAGACGGAUGCCAUCCAGAGGACUGAGGAGCUGGAGGAGACCAAGAGGAAACUGGCCGCCAGACUCCAGGAAGCAGAAGAGACAGCCGAAGCCGCCCAGGCCAGGGCUGCCUCCCUUGAGAAAAAUAAACAGCGACUCCAGGCAGAAAUCGAGGACCUCACCAUCGACUUGGAGAAGGCCAAUGCUGCGGCUGCUGCCCUGGACAAGAAGCAGCGGGUCUUUGACAAGAUGCUGGCCGAGUGGCAGCAGAAGUGCGAAGAGCUGCAGGUGGAAGUGGACAGUGCGCAGAAGGAGUGCCGCAUGUACAUGACCGAGAGCUUCAAGAUCAAGACCGCCUAUGAGGAGUCCCUGGAGCACCUUGAGUCGGUGAAGAAGGAGAACAAGACUCUGCAGGAGGAGAUAAAGGAACUGAUUGAUCAGCUGGGUGAGGGAGGACGGAGUGUGCAUGAGCUGCAGAAGUUGAAGAAAAAAUUGGAGAUUGAGAAAGAAGAACUCCAGGUGGCCCUGGAGGAAGCGGAAUCUUCCCUGGAGGUUGAAGAGAGCAAGGUGAUUCGAAUUCAGCUGGAACUGGCUCAGGUUAAAGCUGACAUCGACCGGAGAAUCCACGAGAAAGAAGAGGAAUUUGAAGCUACAAGGAAGAACCACCAGCGGGCAAUCGAGUCCUUGCAGGCCAGCCUGGAGGCAGAGGCCAAGGGCCGGGCAGAGGCACUUCGGCUCAAGAAGAAGAUGGAGACGGACCUGAAUGAGAUGGAAAUCCAGCUGGACCAUGCCAACAAGAACAACAGCGAACUUGUAAAGACCCUGAAAAGGCUGCAACAGCAAAUCAAGGACCUGCAGAUGCAGAUGGACGAGGAUGCCCGACAGCACGAGGAGCUGCGGGAGCAGUACAACCUGCAGGAGCGGCGCCUGAGCCUGCUGCAGACGGAGCUGGAGGAGGUGCGCGCGGGCCUGGAGGGCAGCGAGCGCUCCCGCAAGCUGCUGGAGCAGGAGGUGGUAGAGAUCACCGAGCGGCACAACGAGGUCAACAUCCAGAACCAAAGCCUCCUCGUGGUCAAGCGCAAGCUGGAGUCGGAUGUCCAGCGCAUCUCCAACGAGCACGAGGAGCUCAUCAGUGAGUUCCGCUCUGCUGACGAGAGGGCCAAGAAAGCCAUGACUGAUGCCGCCCGCAUGGCGGAGGAGCUCCGGCAAGAGCAGGACCACUGCAUGCACCUGGAGAAAAUCAAGAAGAACUACGAGAUCACCAUCAAAGACUUGCAGGCCAAGAUGGAGGAGGCUGAGCAGCUGGCUCUGAAGGGAGGGAAGCGCACGAUCAUGAAACUGGAAGCCAGGAUCAAGGAACUAGAGACAGAGCUGGAUGGUGAGCAGAAACAGCAUGUGGAAACAGUGAAGACGCUGCGGAAGAAUGAGCGCCGCCUCAAAGAGCUGGUCUUCCAGACGGAGGAGGACCACAAGACCAACCAGCGCAUGCAGGAGCUGGUGGAGAAGCUGCAGAACAAGCUGAAGAUCUACAAGCGGCAGAUUGAAGAGGCGGAGGAGCAGGCCAACCAGACCUUGGCUCGCUACAGAAAGACGGUGCAUGAGCUGGACGACGCUGAGGAGCGGGCUGGCAUGGCAGAGACCGCCCUGAACAAGCUGCGCACCAGACACCGCGUGGCCGGCAAGGGCAUCACCUCCGUGGAGAUCAUCCAGGUGUCCAAGACAGGCUCCUCCAAAACCCUUUCUGAGGAGUGAGAUUCUCCAUGUUCCAGCCCACGGCCGGGUGAUACAGAUCUCAACAGCAGACCACCGAGAGGGGAAAUACAUGAAAACAGGAAACUGGGUAUCCUGAGAAUGUUUACUAUGCAAAGGAAAGUAUAAGCCAGAAAGAGGUGCUACAGAAUAAAGAUAGCUGUGGGGGGAAAGGGUUUGGGGAUGUAAACACCCAGGCAUCAGAGGAACUAAAAUUAGUGUGGCUUCUCUGAGACUGUAUCAAGAUGUGCAAGCACUUGGAUAACAGUAACAGUGGGUCUGUUUUAGUUGAGAUCCUACAUGUUCAUGUCAAAGACGGAAUAUGUAACUGUCUGUGUGACCUGGCUGUUUCUUGAAAUAAUUCCUCAUGUGGACAAUUGUAAUGCCCUGUCCCGAUGCAGUUUAAAUAAAAGAAACAUGAAAAAUAGACUAGGGAUUGUUUGUAAGUGAAGAAAUUUUAUUUUUCUAAGGCUUCCAAACCCAAAGGCAAUUUUUCAGUAUGUCAGAGUUCUGUUUUAUCCCUAUAUCCUAACUCACAGGCUUACUUCUAUUGGAAACC